ACCUGACCGACGAUGUCAACAAUUUUCGCGUUCCAUUCGAAAUAAGUGAUAUAUAGGCCUAUCAUUGCCAGACAAUCACAAUCGAAAUCUGGCAACGAUUCUGGAACUUUCAGGAGUCACAUUAACUAUUGGAAAUUCCCAUCGCUGAGUAUAUAUAUCAGUUCUUAUAAUUAACUCGUCGAUUUCGCAAUACUCUCUCCCAACAUGAUGAAGAGCUUUAGCCCGCCAAGUUCCAAGGUGUCCAUUUUCAAAUAUGUCCUCAUCGGGGUGGCGUUUGUAGGCCUGGUUGGGUGGAACGCUGACUUACAGCGGCGGUUAGUGGACAACGCGGACUCCCAUCACGAGGAAAAUAUAGGCAAACAUAUCGAGGUCCAUUCUCGGCACAGGCGUGAUGCCAGCUCUUCCAGGCAAGGUUCAAUUCCGUCAGGAGGCGCUAUGUUUGUCCGAUGGGGUAGACGUGACUGCCCAAAUGACGAUUCAGAGCUUGUCUACUCUGGUACCGUGGGAGCAUCCAUCUACACGGAAACCGGCGGCUCCGGGGAAUACACAUGUCUUACCAGGGAGCCCCAGUAUGAAAAAUACACAAACGCCCUUGAGGGCACGGCGAAGAUAGCCGGAGUUGAGUUCGAGACGGGAACCUCGGCAUUUUUUGACAGGUCAAAGUCACCUUCCGGAACCCUCCAGGAUGGUGAUGUUGUCUGUGCUGUCUGCAGGAGCAAAGUCACGUCCAGUCAGGUGAUGAUCCCAGGCCGGAAGGAUUGCUAUCCAGGAUGGAGGAAGGAGUACUGGGGUUACCUGAUGACCGGACAUUACGCCCACAAAGCGCAGUACAACUGGGCAUGCGUUGACCACGCACCGGAAUGCGAUGAGAAAGGAGCCAAGAACGACAGCGGGGGUCUCAUGUACCACGUGCAGGGAGUCUGCGGAUCUUUGCCGUGUCCAAACUACGUCCAAGGCCGUGAACUGACCUGUGUCGUCUGUACGAAAUAGAAUGAACGCCCAUGUUGAAAAUGACUUGUAACUUUUAACUGUGCUUCUAAUGUAUAAGUAAACCGUCAAAAGAGGAUGGAAUUUCAUCGCAAUAAGACAUAUGCUUAUGUGUACAUGUACAUGUAUAUCCGUUUUGCCAUCUUAAGAAAAAUGGCUUAUCAGAAGAGUGAUCAGUGACUUAUCACGGAUCCAUAUACAUACGUUUGCGGAUCGCAAUGUGCACAAAACCAGUCCUUUUUCUGCCGAGUCUUAUCCGUAUACGAAUAAUUAAGGAUCCGUGGUAGGCCUACAUGGAAGUCGCUGUUCUCAACUUCCCUAAGUGCAGACUAUACUGGUGAGUGGAAUGGGCAACGCGAAUUGUAAAGUUCCCCGUCCGAGGUGGAGUGUAAGGUAAUUGCAUGUAUGGAUAUAUACAUGCCUUGUAACAGCAAGAAGAAUGGGAAAAGCAUGCAAGAAAUACAGAUAAUUUUGAGAACCUGUGUAUUGCCUGAAUACCAACAAGUGUUAACUUCAGACAGCGAAUAUAUAAAUUUAGACAACUGUGGACGUCAGUCGUCCGAAAUUUCCUCCACCCAUCGUGACUGUAAAUAACUUUGGCAAUAAAUAUAGAGUCAUGUAAUAGUGCAUUCAUAGAAA